CCUGUAAAUUGCAGUUGAUAAUAUUUUUAAAUCUAUGAUAGACUAAGAAAAUUAUAAUAUGACAUAUGACAAAAGAUGAAAAAUCAAAAACACUUUUUGAAGUAGAGGGAGUAGUAACUGCUUUAUUGCCUGCUGCAGAAUUUAGAGUAAAAUUAGAUAAUGAUUAUGAAAUAAUCUGUCACGUAUCAGGUAAAGUAAGGAGAAGUAAGAUACGUAUAAUUAUUGGAGACAGAGUAUUAGUUGAAAUGAGUAUAUACGAUAGAAAUGCAAAAAAGGGUCGGAUAACCAGAAGGCUGAAAGGUACAAGUGAAAGAACAACAUCUAAAUAAGCUGAUACUUGCUUCGUCAUCAAAAAGGCGCGUAGCUUUAUUAGAACAAAUGAAUAUUAAGCCAGGUUUGAUUGUACCUGCAGAUAUAGACGAAACUCCUAUAAAGAAAGAACUUCCUAAAGAUUAUUCAAUCCGCAUGGCGAAAAGUAAAGCUGAAAAAGUGCAAAAUUCCCAUCCACAUUAUUUUGUGUUAGGUGUUGAUACUGUAGUGGCAUGCGGUAGGAGAAUAUUAUCCAAAGCAGAAAAUGUUGAGAUGGCAGAAAAAUGUAUUCGCUUACUAUCAGGCAGAAGACAUAGAGUAUAUACUAGUAUUUGCCUAUUAGUUCCUGAUCAGUCAAAACAGCAUAUUAAAACUGUGGUUACAAUAGUGAAGUUUAAACGUCUUAGUGAACAAGAGAUUAGUUAUUAUUUAGCAUCGCAAGAAUGGAAAGACAGAGCCGGUGCAUGCAAUAUACAAGGCCUUGCUGGAAUAUUUGUUUUAUUUUUGCGUGGGUCCUACUCUUCCGUUAUAGGGCUACCAUUGCAUGAAACUCAUUGUUUAUUAAGUAAUUACUUCAACUUUCAUCCAAAAAAGCUAAAAUAUCAAGCAUAG